GCAGACAUAUUCAGGCUUUCAUGGGCAAUUCUGAUGUAAACCCAAAUUACUGGCUUUAGUAAAGCAAAGAGAGGAGAAAGUGAUCUCAUAUUUUAAACAAAAUGAAGCUGCUCUCUACAGCACUCUGUCUCACAUUGUUGCUCUGUUCUAAUGCGCAAAGCCAAACUCCUGUAACUUCUGCAGACUGUGACUCAGUUGAAACGGAUGCAGCGGUGGCCCUGGAUUUGAUCAAUAAACACCGCAGAGAUGGCUACAUUUUUACUCUGUUCCGUGUUGCUGAUGCCCAUGAACAACAGACCGGGAAUUCAUCAGUCCUUUAUUUGACUCUGAAUGUGCUGGAAACCCAGUGCUCUGUAUUAUCCAGGAGACAUUGGGAGGACUGUAAACUCCCACAGCACAAUGAAAUGGUAUUUGGACAAUGUAAAACUAUCAUGUAUAUAAACAGACAGUUGAAGAAAGAAAUACUGCAUGGCUAUAACUGCACAGUGAGUCCAGAUCAUUCACAGUUAUACAAGUGUGAACAAAACUGCCCUAGAAGACCAACAGCCUUAGAAGACAUUGAGCAGCACAGAGGGGACGCUGAGAGAGCCCUGGAGAGGUACAAUGAAGAUAGUAACCACACACAGUAUUUCAAGGUGGAUAAAGUACAAAGAGCUACAGUGCAGAUCACACCUCAGCCGGGAUACUUUGUCGAAUUUACUAUAAAAGAGACCUGCUGCUCCAAAUCCACACCACAUGCAAAUGUGCCUGAAUGUGAAUUUCUGCAUGACAGAUAUGCUCACGUGGGAUUCUGCAGGGGAAAAUUUGCGAGUGACACAAAAAAUCCUGAUGUCCUUGAGAUAUCCUGUGAAAUCUACGAUCCCUGGUGUGACAGACCUCCCUUCCACCAUCACCCCCACUCCGGAGAACAUCAUCACCACCACCACUUCUCUGGGCAAGGACAUCCCUGCCCCGGUCCACACAGACAUCAUCAUCAUCACAGCUUUGGCCAUGGACAUCCUAAGAGACAUUACCAUAGAUGCCCACCACCUCCUGAAAAUAGAGUCCUCCACCCUGAAGGAUCUGAGCAUCAUCACAAUUUCUCUGAAGAGGAACAUAAGCAUGGGCCUCCUCAUCUUCCUCCAUCAGGUCCUCAUUAUCCUCCCCCACCUCCUGGCAGACCACAUGACAGACAUCAUUAUCCCGGCUUUGGCCCUGGACAUCGUCAGAGAUAUUACCAUAGAUGCCCACCACCUCCUGAAAAUAGGGUCAUCCACCCUGAAGGAUCUGAGCAUCAUCACAAUUUCUCUGGAGAGGAACAUCAGCAUGGGCGUCCUCAUCUUCCUCCUCCACCCGGUCCUCAUUAUCCUCCCCCUCCUUAUGGUUGUAAACACGGCCAUAGACAUAACCGUCUACACCAUCAGGGGUCUAGCAAUUUUUCCCAGGAAAGAGGAGGACAUGAAGGCAGCUCCUCAGAAGAGCACAUUUCAUCCCAAACACCUCAUCCUUUCCAUAAAAGACAGGUUGGAUCCAUCCAUCACAUUCCAGUUUUAAAUCAGCAUGAUGUCCUCCCAGCUCCUGCUGCAAACUUCCCUGACCAUCUGCCAGCUCCCCAGAAUCAAUUUUGCAAAUAUUUAAGUGAGAAACCAGCAAUUCAGCCUUUUCCACAAGCCCCUUCAGAAUCUAAAUCAUGCCCAGGAAAACCCAAGUAUGAUCUGCCAGACCUUUUGCCUUUAUUUCCCCCUAGAUCUACACAGUGAAUGUUUUUCUUUUAAUUGAAAUGCUCAUCAUUCCAAGCCCAUAAUCAGUGUAAUCUGAUCUCGCUCCAUUGAUUUCAGUGGUGCUAUACCAAUUUAUACGUAGCCCCAAAGAUGUAACAUGGAGAAAAAAAAUCCUAACAAUGAAUAUUAAACUACAAUUUUUCAUAGUGAAAAUUAGAAUACAUGCUUCUAUAUACACGUGUGGUAUACUGUUUAUGACAAAUGCAUCUAUUGCAAAUUCA